UAUUUGGUUUGGCUGAAGGAACUGGUAAAAUGUGUACUUGUCGGAGACAACGCUGUUGGAAAAACAAGAUUAAUAUGUGCACGAGCUUGCAAUCAGAAGGUUUCUCUGUCACAGCUUCUAAAUACUCAUGUACCAACAGUCUGGGCCAUAGACCAGUACAGAAUAUACAAGGAGGUCCUGGAGAACAGCUGGGUGACAGUGGACGGGGUAGAGGUGUCCCUUCGACUCUGGGACACAUUCGGGGACCAUCACAAGGACAGAAGAUUCGCGUAUGGACGAUCUGAUGUUGUUCUGAUGUGCUUUGACGUGGGUAGAAUAUCCUCCCUCGAAAACUGCAGAACAAUGUGGUAUCCACAGAUCCGGAGGUUUUGUCCCAAUACACCAAUACUUUUAGUCGGAUGCAAGAACGAUACUAGGUUUAUUUACAAGGACGACCAGUACCUGGCGUACUGCAAAGAAAGAUCCCCGUUAGUUAGGCAAGUUCGAGAGAAAGAUUUAGUAAUGCCAGAUCAAGGGCGCGCUGUUGCUAAGGAGUUGGGCAUGCCCUACUUCGAGACCAGUGUCCUUACCUUCUUUGGCAUCAACGAGGUCUUCGAGAAUGCCAUCAGAGCAGCACUCAUGGCGAGACGCACACAACGAUUCUGGAUGACCAAUUUGAAGAGAGUAAUGAGUCCAGCUUUACAGGAACCUUUUUGUCCUCCUAAACCUGCUCUUCCUGGUGUAGUCAUUCAUCAUUCAACAUUUCCCCAGGACCUUCUUCAUCUAUUCCAGGUAAAUGAAUAUCUAGUAUCCCGUCUGUUCUACCGAUUGCUACACCUGGAUUUAAGUUCUGAUCUUGUGACCAGAAGUUCUAGUGAAACCAGCCUGGUGAGUAGCACCUAUGGUUCAAGUACUCUACUGCCUGAUUUCUACGAUGAUACAGAUUGUUUGAUCAAAUCAGAAACCUCAACACCAUGCCACAGUAUAAGAUCCAGUGUACCCCGGGGGGUUGAACAGCAGCAAGCUAAAUAUCUUCACCCAAAAUACUUUCCAAGGCGAUCGUCUUUCAGUGGUUUGUCCAAAGAGGAUUUAUCUCCACGAUGUGGAGUAUCCAAACAAUUAAACCAUCCAACCUUCUCCAGUCUUCAGAUUCAACAGUGUGAUACAUUAAACCAGGAUGGGAAGGUGGUUAGCUCAGUACAGACUGUAAUCACCUGCACUAAACUGGUCACUCCACAGAUUAUGAAUCAGAUUCUCAGGUUUCUGUAUACUGGCGAACUUGAGACUUCACAUGUUAAUAUUGGUGUAAUGCGCCAGAUAUCUGAGUAUAUGGAACUAGUAGACUUGACUCAGUACCUCACAAAUAUAAUUAACAAAGAUGAUUUUCUAAAUGAUGAUCUCACGACCAAAGUACUCCAGAGCAUAGGAGAGCAGCUUGGAGAAAUAGGAUUAGAGCAAGGUAGCUUCUCUGAUGUUCUUUUUAAACUAGAAGAUGGAACUCAAGCAGCACACAAACCCUUACUUAUGUCCAGGUGUGAUAUGAUGCAAGCUAUGUUUACGGAUGAUUUUAUUGAAAGCUCUGCAAAAGUUGUAAAAUUUCCCGGUGUUACCAGAUUUGCGUUUAAAGAGUUGUUAUACUACCUGUACACUGACCGUUCUCCACGGGUCUCACCAUCCAACUGUCUCGGUGUGAUGGAACUAGCAAACAGGCUGGUGUUGCCCCGGUUGAUGAACCUGCUGGAGAGAAGAGUGAUCAGUGAGAUGGAGAUGAUGUACGACCAAGGAGAAGAUGUUUGUGAAGAUGCUCUCCGUAUCCUAGAACCAUGUCAGAUUCACAAUGCAGAUCAGCUGUUGGAAUGGUGUCUUUCCUUCUUAGCUCAAAACUACAACAGUAUAUGCAGAAAGUUCCCGAAGGUCCUCCGAAGCCUCCACCCUGAGAACCAGGCAAACCUCAACGUCAACCGUUGGCCUCCGAUUUGGUAUCUCAAAGAUUACGACCUGUACCAGCGAAUGAAAAUGGAGCGUGAAAGACUUGAAAGGCCGAAAGCUCUAAAAAGACCAAGGUAUCGGAGGUUUUUGAACAACAAGAACAACUCUGGAUGUUUGUGUUUCUCGAGCAAGUCCAGGCGAGACUAAUUUUGCAGUUUUUGUCCAAAAAAUAUUUCUUAGUUUUCUAAUAUGUUUUAUGCAUAAUCUGAUGUCACAAAAUCCUAUAUUUUUAUUAUUUUUUUCUUCAAAACUAGAAGAGGACAUUAAAGAUUGUAUUUAGUUAUUUUAUGCUGUAUUGUGAAUGUUGUGUCAAUUUGUAAUUUUCAAUUCUGAUUCUUAACAUUUAAAAUCUAAUCAUCUAAAUAUUAAGUAUCUCUAAAUAUUGAUUAUCUCUAGAAUUGUAUAUUGUAACUUUAGAGUAAUUUGACUAUUUUUCAAAAAAACAAAUAAGUUUUUUUUAAACUUCUGAUUUUAUUACAAGACAAUAUUUUUAUUAAAAACCAAUGCUAACAUUGUGAAUUCAGCAAAUUAUGUGAUUUUACUGCAUUUUGGGUCGAUCUUACAAUUUUAAUUUUAAAACUAAAUUUGUAUUUGACAGAGGUAGAGAGAGACCAAACCAAAGUCAAAAGGCUCAAAAAACCUGUAUUAUUAAAAUUGAACCAAAUUGAGCGAAUUGAUCAACUUUUUUAAUUUUUGUCUCGUAAUCUUCCAAAAAUGAUUUUUUAAAAUAUUUCCUUGAAAGUUUAAGAAUGUCUUUGUAAGUUUUUGUUUCGUGAAUAAAUGUAACCUUGUCGUGA